AUGACUGAACACCACAAAAUCCAUUAUUACGAAAAAAGUGGGGAUAUUUUCCUUAAGGCCGAAAAUACAAUAUUUCUACUUCAUAAAAUAAUUCUUUCAAUUGCUUCAGAAUUCUUUGAUGAUUUAUUUAAAUUCUCAAAACCUUCAACUAAUGAAAUUGUAACCAUUAUUGAUGGUACACAACAAUCUUCAAAUACUUUUCCUAUGAUUGAGAUGAAUGGUGAAACUUCCGAAUCAUUAGAAAGAAUGUUAUCAUUCAUUUAUCCAAAUACUUUUGUUGAAAUAACUUGGGAUAAUGUUAAAGAUUGUUUACGAAUUUCGGACAAAUUCAUUAUUAAUAAACUUACAAAAAGUUGUUCCGUAUUUCUUUUACAUCAUUUUCAGGAAAAAGUUUUAUUAUCAUUCACUUUGGCUGAUAAAUACUCGUUUCCUAAAGUAUUCAAAGAAUCUUCUAAACUUGUAUUAGAUGAUUUACAAAAAUAUCGUUCUGAUUCUACUUACGAUGAAUUGUCUCCAAGAACAAAACUUAAACUAAUGGAUUCUUGGUUUCAUUAUACAAAUUCUUUACAUAAAUACUUUAAAAUCAUUAGUGAAAGAUCGACAAAGAAUGGUAACUUUCUACAGUCUAAAUCUCCCAAUUUUUUUUUGAACCCUUCAAAAUUCUCCGAAUUUUAUAGAGAUUGUGAAAUUAAAUUUCCAUGUAGUCGUUGGAAAUCAAAAACAAAAAUCGAAGAAUUAUUUAAAAAUUACGAACAAUUGGAAUUUCAACCAAAACCUAACGAAUAUGGAAUAGUUCUUACUCGACGACGAUUGCUUAAGGGUUGGAUAAAUUUGAUGUUUACAUGUACUGAUAUAUUUUGUUUUCAACAUGAACGACAGUCAGUAUAUGAAAUUAAAAUAUAUCUUAUUUUCUAA